AUGCUCGAGACAGAAGCUCUGAAAUCUCUCUACGAAAAACAUUGUAAACAUGGUUUCCAAUACAUUUAUGGUACUGCUGGUUUUAGAUACAAAGCAGAUGUUUUGGACACUGUAAUGUUCACAACUGGUGUUCUCGCUGGCUUGAGGUCACUUUAUUUGAAUGGCCAAACCGUGGGAGUGAUGGUCACUGCAUCGCAUAACCCACCAGAAGAUAACGGUGUGAAAAUCGUGGAACCCAGAGGCGAAAUGCUUGAACAGAGCUGGGAAAAAUACGCUACCGAGCUUGCCAACUGCGCUUCUCAGAGUUAUUCAAGCUUCGAAACUAAAUUGCAAGAAUUGGUAGUGACACUUAAAGUGGACACAAAGAAGUCGGGUGGAAUUGUUGUGGCUCGCGACUCGCGUGAAUCGGGCCCCCAUCUGGUGAGUGCUUUCAAAGCAGGCGCUCAGGUUCUUCCUACGGUCAAAAUUAUAGAUUACGGCAUUCUCACAACUCCUCAAUUGCACUUUUUAACCAGCAAGACUAACGAACUACCCGAAGGCGCAGAAAUAGGUGAACAAUUGUACUACCAAGAAUUGUUGUCUGCGUGGGAUCAGGUUACAGAUCUUUGCGGAAUUAAGUCCCUCCCCUUCCAUCUCCAGAUUGAUGCUGCCAAUGGUAUUGGUGGACCAAAAGUCAUGGAGAUGCUGUCACAAUCAGACUUUUUCAGUGGGGCAUACGAGGUGGUAAAUGCCGAUUGGCAAACAUACGCCGCGUUAAACCAUUUGUGCGGCGCAGACUUUGUCAAGACAAACCAAAAGCUGCCACAUGGCAUUUCCAGCAGUGGAAACCAAGCAGCAAAUCAGAUUAGCUGCUCAUUUGACGGUGACGCAGAUAGAAUUGUUUUCUACUACUGCGAUGCCAUGGGCCACUUCCGAUUGUUAGACGGUGACAAAAUGGCCACCUUGUUUGCCAAGUUUUUCCAGGACUUGCUUCAUCAGGCUGGACUUCAAGAUGCGAUUGAAAUGGUUGCUGUACAAACUGCGUAUGCAAAUGGCAGCUCUACUCAUCACCUUGAGAAAGUGCUUGGUGCGACGGUCAAGUGCACAUCCACGGGUGUGAAACAUUUGCAUCAUGAAGCGGUCAAGUCUGACAUUGGGAUUUACUUCGAGGCUAACGGUCAUGGCACGGUGAUUUUCUCGACUAAAUUCGUCGACACGGUGAAUCAGAGGCUUGCGGCCAGCACGCAAGACAUCAGCAAAUCCCAUAAAGCUUUACAAUUAUUGAAGUUGUUCACCAAGCUAAUUAAUCAAACUGUAGGAGAUGCAAUUUCUGACAUGUUGGCAGUCUUGGCGGUUUUGUCAAUUUUGAAUUGGACUCCUCAAAAGUGGGAUCAGGAAUAUACUGACUUGCCCAACCGUUUGCUCAAAGUCUCGGUACCAGACAGAACCUUAUUCAAGACCACAAAUGCAGAGAGACAGCUUGUGAGCCCCGCUGGUCUUCAGCAGAAAAUUGACGUUUUGGUGUCAAAGUUUGACAAGGCAAGGUCAUUUGUGAGAGCUAGUGGGACCGAGGAUGCUGUCAGAGUUUAUGCCGAAGCCGCUUCUAGGGCACAAGCCGACUCGCUGGCCUCAAUGGUGGGCACAAUUGUCGAAAAUUCCUGA